UAUUGAUCCCUUCUUCUUCUCUACUAAAUCGGAAGGAGCUUAGGACUUUCUUCUCAAUCUCGCCGAGUAUGUCUUCGAAGAAACUGAAAUCUGCUAACGACGCGAGUAGCAUCCGCGACGGCUUAGGCGGAGGAGAAAGCGUGAUCGCUGAUCAUGGCCGACGGAGAAGCACUUGCAGCUACUGUAAAUCCCCAGCUCGCUCCAGUAUCUCCCACGGUUUAUCAGCAGAGACUCUUACCGUUAGUGACUACCAAGCUCUUAUUGACAGAGGCUGGAGACGAUCUGGUUGUUAUCUUUACAAGCAUGAGAUGGAUAAAACUUGCUGCCCUUCUUAUACGAUCCGCUUGAAAGCAAGUGAUUUUGUUCCUUCUAAAGAGCAGCAGCGAGUGUCUAGGAGACUAGAAAGGUUCUUGGAUGGCAAACUAGAUGGGCAGCCCAGGGAACAAACAGGUGCUUCUUCCUCACUUGGGACUACUAGAAGUGAAGAAAAAAGUAAAGUUGAACCAGUGAUGGAUGAUUUGUCUAAAACGAUUGAUCAAGCUGUACAACUAUGCAUACAGAGUGGUGAGUUCCCUUCUAAUAUGCAGAUACCCAAAGCUUCGGUGAGGAAAGUUUUAUGUGAUAAAAAGAAGAAACUAGCUAAAGGUCCUGAACAACUCUUAUACACAAGCAACGUUGCAUUCGCAAUAGCAGCUGCAAUAAAACGCACACUGACAUCAGAGAAAGUGGAGAUAGAAGGAAACAAGCUAUCACCUGAAACUAUCUCUGAGAUGUUAUUAAGUGCCAUUAGCAAGGUGGGGGAAACUCCUGGCAUAUCUAUUAAGGUCUCUAAAGGCCAUAUCAACUUUCUUUCAGCUUCCAAAGAUUCUUUCUAUGAAAAAGAUGUUGUUCCUAAUGAAACCCUUCACGCUAAGAAGGAUUCAGAAAACCACAAGGCGAGAAAGCCAAAAAAGCUGGAGAUGCGUUUAAAAAGAUCCAGUUUCGACCCCGAAGAGCACGAGCUAUACAAACGCUAUCAGCUCAAAGUCCACAAGGACAACCCAAGCCGCGUAGUAGAGAGUUCAUACAAAAGGUUCUUGGUAGACUCUCCUUUGAUAUAUGUUCAACCUUCAGGUGGCGGCGAUGACGAGGAGAAGGUUGUUCCGCCUUGCGGCUUCGGCUCUUUCCACCAGCAGUAUAGAGUCGACGGGCGUCUGGUGGCUGUUGGGGUUGUUGAUAUUCUGCCUAAAUGUUUGUCGAGUGUGUACUUAUUCUGGGAUCCGGACUAUGCAUUCUUGUCUCUAGGGAAGUAUUCCGCGAUACAGGAAAUUAACUGGGUCAGAGAGAGCCAAGCUCGCUGUCCGAGUCUUGAGUAUUACUAUCUUGGCUACUAUAUACAUUCUUGUAGCAAGAUGAGGUAUAAAGCAGCUUAUCGUCCAUCUGAGCUUCUGUGUCCUCUUCGUUUCAAGUGGGUUCCAUUUGAAGUAGCGAGACCACUGCUUGAUAAAAAGCGAUAUGUCAUCUUGUCUGAUAUCAAGGAAUCACAAAACCAAUCUUCUUUACUACCUCAUGCUUCCGAAACUCUCGCGGCACAUGAAGACAUGGAACAAGGGGAGACGAAUGACCAUUUUAUGGGCGGCAGUGAUGAUGAUGAGGAUGAAGAAAUGGAUGAAAGUGAAUCAGAAGACACUUACAUUGAGUCAGAUAUAGACAACAUUAUUAUCGGUCUAUAUGGAUCGCAGUAUAGAUACAAGGAUCUACGGAAAAUGCUGAAUCCUGUAGGCCGGAAGCAAUUGGAGCCGAUGUUACAAAGCUACCGCAAGGUUGUGGGCGACGAGCUUUCAGAGAGAAUGGUGUAUGAACUCAGGUAAAGGCUUAUUAUCAACUCCAUUGAGCUCAUUAUUUAUCACAAAAACUGAAUAAAUUGUUUGUAUUAAUAACAAUCUGAGAGUUUGUCAUGUUUCAGUUGUUGUCUGCAUGAGAAUUCUUGUUUACACUGUUGUCUCUCUUCAUUCAGACUGUUUGCUAUGUUCACAUCUCA